UCGACAAGCCUUCUGAUCGUAGGGGCGCAUCAGCAUAACAAGUGUGGCAAGUGUGUGUUUCACACGAACAGAUGAGAUAUUAAGAACAGAAUCUAUAAAAACUAAAAUUUAGACUCUGCUGUAGACAGUGCUUUUGCCAGGUGUGAGGAAGCUAGAGGAUCCUAAGUUAAAAAAGUUAGACUUGCAUAUCUAAACGACGCAGACAUGCAGAAGAGAGAGAUGCUGAAACUAAUGACAGCAGUAACACUGUUGAUUUCAGCUCCAGCUAUGGAUGCUGCACCAUGGGUUUCAGAGGCACCAGAUCAUCAACAGGUGCCAUUAAAUAGAGGUGACCAAAAAUCACCAGACCCUUGGACAAGUGGUCCAGAUAUCAAGGGGAUGACGGCAACAGGCAGUUUUGCUAAGCUUCUGAAAACAGGACCAGUGACGAUGUUUUCUAAUGGGCACGGAAAGACAGUAGGAGCUUCACAUAGAUUAGACAAAACCACAAGUAGUCCAAGUUAUAUGGACAAAACCAUGGUGGCAACUAACAGUCUAGACAGACAAUUGAAAAUUGCUUCAGUGACAAUCGAUUCAGAUGAACAAGAGAAGAUUGUGCCAGCAACUAACAACUUUGAUGGAGGCCUUAAGAUACACUCUAUGAUGGAUGACUCUGAAACAAAGGAGCACACCACAACAGAAGGUUUUUACAGACGACUGAAACUAAUGCCUGUGACAACUCAUUCAAAUAAACAAAGCAAAACUUUGCAAGCGACCAAGAGGGCGCAGAUGAGUAUGUCCAGUAGCAGCCCAGAUAGACGAGAGAAGAUAAGGAAGAUGCUGAGUGCUCUUGAGGAGCUUCAUAGGUCGAUGAAUAGCACACUGAGCAGCCGCAUUACUAUCAUACCUAGAGGUAAUAGUAAUGGUCGAAGUUCAGGAAAGAAGAGUAAAAUGGUAGUGACAGAGGGGAACCUGAAAUCAACUACUGUGCCAUCUGUGGGCAGCAGUGGCACGUCACCAAGGACCAGCACUGACCAAGCCGAUCCCAAACUCCUGAAUGGGAAAACGUUCAAAAAGUCCUUACCAUCAACUCCCAAGAAAACCAACAAAAGGGUUUGUUUCUGGAAAUACUGCUCUCAGAAUUAAAGCUUCACCAUUGUCCACACUUUCUGCCAACAUCUAAUGCUCAUAAGCAAGCAACUCUAAGGGCACUUUACACUGACACAUCAGUAACAUGACUUAACCCUUGAC